AUGGAAACGAAGAAAUCCUUACUUGGUUUUUUCCUUUUACUUAUUUUUCUACCCAAUUUGACAAAAGCCGCUUGUGUUUGCGAUGUUGAUUGUAAUGGGCCAGGAAAUGCUACUACAUGUGGCAUUGGUCACUUCAUGACACCGGCAGGAUCAUGUUAUGAAUGCAACCCCGGUUACUAUUGUACUGGAGGAACUGCUGCUCCACAAUUGUGCUCAUCAGGAACAUAUAAUAACAAGACAAAACAAGACAGUUCAAGCUCAUGCUUGCUAUGUCCUACUGGAUAUAAAUGCCCUAAUGUUGACCGAAACCCUGAGUUGUGUACUGCAGGUACAUAUAAUAAUAAAACCGGUCAAAUUAGUUGCACGACAUGUCCACCCGGCUAUAAAUGUACCGAUCCUGCCGAUGCUCCUGUUGCUUGCGGAACGGGCUACUACAGUGAAGGUAACACAGCUUACUGUACACCGUGUCCAAGUGGAAAAUCAUGCUCUAUCCAAACAACAUCCACUCCAAGUCAAUGCUUAGCUGGUACAUACGCUGCCAAUGGCAGUGCAUCAUGUAGCGCUUGCACAAAAGGUCAUGAAUGUCCUAACAACGAAAUGUCACAACCAACUGCUUGUCAAGAUGGCAAUUAUCAACCAUCGACCGGUCAAUCAGCUUGCAUACCUUGCCCUGCUGGUUAUCACUGUACCGAUAAAACUGUAGCAAUGGCUUGCACAGCUGGACAAUACAGUACCAAUGGCAAUAUGACUUGUUUUACAUGUCCAACUGGAACCUAUAGUACAUCAGCCGCUGGUUCUUGCACUGCAUGUCCAGCCGGUAAAGAGUGCUCUAAUCCAGCUUUACCCCAAAAUUGCGCAUCAGGAACAUACUCCCUUGGAGGUGCAACAUCAUGUACAACAUGUCCAAAUGGUCAGAUCGCAUUUAAUAAUCACACUGGUUGCCUAAAUUGUGCACCUGGCUACGAAUGUCCAACGCCGGGAGGAAUUCAACAACCAUGUCCAUCAGGAACAUAUUCAAAUGGCGGUGCUGUUAGCUGUACGAUUUGUCCGGCUGGUCAAUUCUGUUUUGAUCCUAAAAUUUCACCGCAAGGUUGUGCUGCAGGAACUUAUUCGACGUCUGGUUCCACUAACUGUACAAAAUGUCCAGCUGGUGCUACUUGUAGUAACACCGGUAUAUCAGGAUAUUGUAAUUCUGGUGAAUACAGUUUAGAAAGUGCAAGUAGUUGUCAAACUUGUCCUGCAGGUUCUUAUUGUCCAACUAAAACAGAUGCACCUAUCCCAUGCCCAGCUAAAACUUAUUCGACAGCAGGUAAAACGUCAUGUACUUCCCUUAAUGCUAAUGAGUAUUUGCUAGGUGGUAGUCCAACUGCAACACCAUCAUUGUGUCAAUCGGGCUCAGUAGUAUCGGAUGAUGCUACUAGUUGUCUACCGUGUUCAUUGGGUUUUAUGUGUCCUAAUCCAAGUCAGAAACCUAUUCCAUGCCCACCGGGUUAUUACCAAAAUCAAGUCAAUCAAACAAGCUGUAUUGUCUGUCCUGCGGCGAAAGCAUGUCCUGAUAGAAGCACAAUACCUCAAGAUUGUCCAGACGGUACAUAUAGCGAAGGAGGAAGCACAAUAUGCCAUGUUUGUCCACCUGGUAGAGUUUGUGUUGAUAAAGGAAACUUUAGCAAAGCUAUAAUAUGUACACCAGGAACUUACGCACUUGCUCAAGCGACUGGUGCUUCUUGCACGGCUUGUAGUGCCGGUUCAUACUGUCCUAGAACUACCGACAACACUGAACUUGCGUGUCCUCCAGGUACUUAUUCAUUAGGUAACCAAGCAAAUUGUACUGUAUGCCCUGCAGGUAAAGCUUGUCCUAACCCAGAUGGCUCAGGAAUUGUCGAUUGUCAAGCAGGAGAGUACAGUGAAGAUGGAGCAUCAGCUUGUACGCAAUGUCCUGCUGGUACCAUGUGCUUAUCCAUUAAUGGUACUAAUAACUUUGCAUGUCCAAGUGGAUUUUAUGCAUUAGCUGGAGCAACAAGCUGUAUACCAUGUCCACCAGGAUAUUACUGCCCAUAUACUGAUCAAGAUCAAGUACUUCCAUGUACACCUGGUCAUUACUCACACGGCAAUGCAACUGAAUGUACGUUAUGUCCAUCUGGUUAUGCAUGUCCAGACACAGCUGUUUCCGUUACAAAUAACACAAUUUUCAAAUGUCCUGAAGGACAAUAUUCACUCGGCGGUCAAACAGAAUGUAGCCUAUGUCCAGCAGGUAGUAAAUGUCCAUCUAUUUAUAGCGGAAUCGAAACAUGUCCACCUGGAUUCUUUAGUCUUGGAAAUUCAGUCAAUUGCACAGCUUGCUAUGCUGGCUGGCAAUGUAACAAUCCCGCAAUACCUGUAGGUUGUCCACCCGGUACGUAUUCUACCGGACAAUCAACUGCUUGUUUACAGUGCGAUCGAGGCUUUAUAUGCCCAGAAAAAUCCAGUUCUCCAAGACCAGAAGGAACGGAAUGCCCUACAGGUGGCUACUGUGACGGUCUUCGAUUUUAUCCUUGUCCAGCUGGUACAUAUCAACCAUACAAUCAGACGGAAUCGAUAAAAGAAUGCGUUACUUGUCCUGAAGGUUAUUAUUGCGAAGGCCCUGGUGAUAGUAGUUACAGUACAGUCUGUCCAAUUGGUUACUUCUGUCCUCCUGGUACAACAUUUGCCCACCGAUUUCCGUGCCCAGGUGGCAAGUUUGGAAAUGAAACACAACAAACCACUGAAACUGCAGCAUGCCAUGCAUGUCCUGAAGGAUAUUUCUGUCCUGAAGGUGCUACUGGAGGUACGAUAUGUCCAGCAGGCUACUACUGUCCAGGUGGUAGUUUUGUCGGAACUCAAUAUGCUUGUCCAGUAGGAACGUAUAGCAAUACAACUGGAUUAAGCGAUCCAUCAGUAUGUAUUACUUGUCCAACUGGUCAUUAUUGUCCCGGUGGAGUGAAUAGCAAACCAUCAACAGCACCAGUUGCAUGCCCACCAGGAACAUUUAAUCCAGAUAAUGGCACAGGACAUCUUAUCAAUUGCUUGCCUUGCCCGCCAGGAUAUGCUUGUAUUAAUUCAGGUCAAACAACCUAUUAUUUAACUUGCAUUGAAGGCCAUUAUUGUCCAAAUGGUACAAUUGCACAAAAUCAAUAUCCUUGCAUGCCUGGUACUUACUCCGGAAAGACCAAUUUAACGGCAGCUUCAGAAUGCGAUAUCUGUCCUGAAAGGUAUUUCUGUGGAUGGGGAACAACGGGUACAAUAGGAAGUGCAACAGGUCCAAAACCAUGUCGAGCUGGCUAUUACUGUCCAUUAGGAACUCCGUUGCCUGAUUCAUUCCCAUGCAAUGAAGGAACUUACAAUCCGUAUUAUAACUUAUCCACUGCAAAUGAAUGCUUACAAUGUCCAGAAGGCAGUUACUGUAUUGGUGGACAAGCAAGUCCAACUGGGUUAUGUUCACCUGGAUUCUAUUGCCCUAACGGUACCAAAUAUGUCGAGCAGUAUGCCUGUCCAAAUGGUACCUACAACGGUGACUACGGAGCAAAAUCAGUCGCUGAUUGUAACGAUUGUACUCAAGGUCACUAUUGUGAAAGAGCUGCUAUUAAGCCAGAAGAGUGUUGGGAAGGAUACUAUAUGCCUUAUGGUGUUAAUGCAACAGGUUACUUAAUUGGUACAGCAGCAAAAGGAUCCUCCGAUUGUAUACCAUGUCCAAGUGGUUAUCGAUGCCCAAAUGCUACUAUCGAUCCAAUCUCUUGCGGAAUAUCGUAUUAUUCAGAAAAUGGAACUUCCAUCUGCUUAGCAUGUAAGCGAGGCCAUUAUUGUGAUGAUACUCAAACAACCGAAUCUAAUAUGUUAACGAAUAAAAAGUGUCCAGCUGGUAAACUAUGCGGUAUUGGAUUAAGCUCUGUUUCACAAGCAACCAAUUGUAGCAUAGGUUAUUAUUGUCCAGAAGCAACAUUAGAAGAAAUCCCAUGUCCGGUAGGAACUUAUAAUCCCGACAAAGGAGGAAGUAGUCUUGCUAGUUGUUUACCUUGUCCGGCAGGAUAUUAUUGCUUAGCAGCCUCCUCAACAACAACUGGUCUUUGCGAUCCUGGAUAUUUUUGCCCUACAAAUAUAUCGAAUACUCAUCUCGGUAUCCUUAUUGGUUCUUAUGGUCCCAAGCAAGAACCAUGCCCUCCAAGGACACAUUCACUUACAUACGGUGGAAAAACUGCAGAUGAUUGUCCAGGCUGUCCAGGUGGAUAUUAUUGUGAACCUGGUACUAAUAACCCAGUAGAAUGUCCAAAAGGUUAUUAUUGCAAACCAGGGUCAGAUAAGCCAGAUCCAUGUCCUCUGGGAAGUUAUGGUAAUACCACCCUUCUUGUUUAUUCUGAAAAUUGUACACGCUGCGACCCAGGUUGGUUCUGCGAUACCCGUGGAUUAAUGACACCUACAGGCAAAUGUGAUGCUGGUUAUGUUUGUUACCGUGGAGCUACUACAUCAACACCCACUGAUGGAGUAACAGGAGAAAUAUGUCCAACUGGUGGCUACUGUAUCACAGGUACUGGAAGUCCAUUGCCUUGUCCACCUGGUACCUUCAGCAAUGUCUCUGGAGCUGUCGAUCAAUCUGGUUGUACUGCAUGCACACCUGGAUAUUAUUGCUCACAAACAAGUCGACCAGAGCCAACUGGACCAUGCGAUGGUGGAUUCUACUGUAAUGGAAGCGCUGUUGUUUCAAAACAACACAUAACAGAUCCUGGACAUUACGCACCAGCUGGAUCUGCUGGACAAUAUCAGUGUCCAGCAGGUACCUACAUGCCACUGCAUAAUGCAUCUAUUUGUUGGAGUUGUAAAGCUGGAUACUUUUGUCCGGUGGUCGGAAUGACAGAACCUAUCACUUGUCCAGCAGGUGCAUAUUGCCCAACAGGAACUUUUGAACCCAAAGAUUGUCCAGCUGGUACAUUUUCAAACACUACUCAUCUAACCAGUCAGUCAGAAUGUAUUACCUGCUUCAGAGGUCAGUAUUGUCAUACAGGUGGUUUGACUGAGCCAAGUGGAUACUGUGAUGCAGGUUAUGUUUGCAAUGCCGGAGCUCGUUCACCAGAUCCCGCCUAUGUUAGUGGACAAGUUGAAUAUGGUGAUUUAUGUCCUGCAGGUCAUUAUUGUGAGUCGGGUGCAUUAUAUGCUGUGCCUUGUCCACUCGGUACUUACCUUGAAAUACGCGGUAAAGGCUCUAAAUCCGAUUGUAGAUCGUGCCCACCAGGUUAUUACUGCGCCCCAGAAGGACAAGUAAAUGCAACUGGCCUUUGCAAUGAAGGUUAUUACUGUAUAGCCAAUGCUACCUCUGCUACACCUACUGACAAAGUAACUGGAGAUAUCUGUCCUAUUGGACAUUACUGCAUUGCUGGAUCCACAACCUUUAAAGUAUGCGAGGCUGGAACUUAUGCGAAUAGUACAGGACAAGCAAUUUGCGAUGACUGCCCGAUAGGUUAUAAAUGUCCUUAUGGAACAGCUCAACCUGAAAUAUGUCCAAAAGGAUUCGCUUGCGCUGCAAAAACUGGUAGUACACCAGAUGAAUGCAACUUCGGAACGUUUAGCAAUGUCACAGGAUUAUCCUCUAUUACCCAAUGUCAAUCAUGUCCAGCUGGAUACUAUUGUGCAACGAAAGGAUUAGCUGCACCAACUGGUAAAUGUACUGCCGGCUUUUAUUGUCUACCAGGUUCGAGAACAGCACAACCAAAAGAUAUCAGCGAAGGGACAGGUGGACCCUGUCCUAAAGGAAAUUACUGUCCAGAAGGUAGCGCAGCUCCCGUACCAUGCCCACCAGGACGUUAUAGUGGAGCUGAUCACUUGACAGCAGAAACCGAUUGUUUUGUAUGCCCUGCAGGAUCCUACUGUGAUGGAAGUGAUCCUACCAAAGUUACUGGAGCAUGUAGUGAUGGCUAUUAUUGCAAUGCUGGAUCAGGCAGUACAACACCCAAUAGAACUGAUUGGGGCGCAAUAUGUCCGACUGGUUCUAAAUGUACUAAUGGAUUCAGACAAGAUUGUCCUUCUGGUACUUAUCAAAACACGACUGGAAAGACAACUUGUGUUGACUGUCCAGCAGGAUUUUAUUGCCUCCAAGGUAGUAAUGAACCUGUAACAUGCCCUGCUGGUUAUUGGUGUGGUCUUAAAACUACGACAGUGAAUGAAAAUCCAUGUCCUAUUGGCACUUAUAAUAAUAUUACUGGAACAAUAUCAGUAGCAGCUUGUCUUGCUUGCACUCCUGGCUACUAUUGUGAUCUUCCAGGACAAACCUAUCCAAAAGAUCAAUGCGAUGGCGGAUGGUAUUGUAGUAGUGGUGCAACGGUUGCUAGACCAACUGUAGCAUCAGAAGGUGGUCAAUGUAGAUCGGGUUAUUACUGUCCAAAAGGAAGCACAGCAGAAAUACCUUGUACAGCUGGCAUGUAUUGUAGUAGUGUUGGAUUAGUAGCUCCUGAAGGCAACUGUUCAGCAGGUUAUUAUUGUACAUUACAGGCUAACACACCAGCGCCAAGUAGUGUUGUCCAAGGUGGCAAUAUCUGUCCAAUGGGUAAAUAUUGCCCACUUGGUAGUGUUGCUGGGUUAGAUUGUCCAAUAGGUCGAUUUGGCAAUACAACCGGCAAUACAGCUAUAACCGACUGCCAUCUUUGUUCACAUGGACAUUAUUGUGCAACACCUGGCUUAACAAAACCAAGCGGCUCAUGUAAUCCUGGCUAUUAUUGCCCUCCAAGUCAAACAUCACCAUCACCUUCAAGUUACAUUUGCCCGGCAGGUAGUUAUUGUAUCUCUGGAAGUACUGAACCAGUUAAUUGUCCUUCUGGCUAUUAUCAAGAUGAAAUAGGCCAAGGAAGUUGUAAAGUCUGCUGGGAAGGGUAUUUCUGCGAUAACUCUCACGUUAUCGGUAAAUUUGUAUAUGGAAAUAGUUCAUGCCCUGCUGGUCAUUAUUGCCCUAAUGGUACCAAAUUCGCUGUACAAUAUCCUUGUCCAGUUGGUACUUAUAGUGAUAAAGAAAACUUAAUUGAAGUCAGUCAAUGUCAACCUUGCCCAGCUGGAUAUUACUGUCCUGUACCCGGUGCUACUAAUUAUACCCUGAAGUGUAGUGGUGGUUACUUUUGUAAAUCUGGAGCCAAAACUGCAACACCAACACAAGGCUCAGAUGCUGAUGUCUGUCCUGCAGGAUUUUACUGUCCUGAAGGCGCAAUGCAACCAAAACAAUGUCCACUUGGUACCUAUAGCCCAACCACUGGAAUCACUGCGGAAAGCGAUUGCCUCAAUUGUACAAUAGGCAAUUAUUGUGGUGAAUUAAAUCUCACAAGUCCUAGCGGUAAAUGUCAGGCCGGCUACUAUUGCCCGUGGAAGUCAGAUAGAUUUGAUAUGCAAGCAUGUCCUGUUGGACAUUAUUGCCCUGAAGGGACAUUGGAACCGGUAAAAUGUCCAUCCGGAACUUUCUCCAAUACUACUAUACUGAAAACAAGUAAUGAUUGUACAGUAUGUACACCUGGUUACUAUUGUGGCUCGACUGGACUUACACAGCCAACCGGUAAAUGCAAUGCUGGCUAUUACUGCCCUGCUGGAUCUAAUACUUCACAACCUUCCGCCUACACUUGCCCAAUUGGUGCUUUCUGUCUUGAAGGCAGCGCUAAUCCAACAUAUUGUGCCAACUCAACAUGGCAAAAUACUACCAAAUCAUCUAGUUGUAAUACCUGUGAAGCUGGAUAUUACUGCAUAGAAAGUCAUCAACCUCGCUCUUGCCCUGAAGGCUACUAUUGUCCCGCUGGUACAGGAAACGACUGGAAAUCAUGUCCACGUGGUACUUAUAGUUCUAUUUCGGGAUUGCAUGAUAUCUCUCAAUGUAAGCCGUGCGAUGCAGGCAAAUAUUGCAAUCAGGAGCAUGCAACAGCACCUACAGGCGAUUGUUAUGCCGGUUAUUACUGUUCAUCCGGCUCAGAUAGGCCAAAUCCAAGUGGUGACAACAUAACAACAAUCAUAGGCAAUGAUACAUGUCCUUACUUCCAAGGAAAACAAACUGGUGAUGGAGCUCCUUGUCCAGCCGGUCAUUACUGUCCACAAGGAAGUGAUAUGCCGAUGCAAUGCCCCGUUGGUACUUAUGGACCUACAGCAGGUGCAUCAAAUUGUACUGCUUGUCCGCCAGGAUAUACUUGCGAAACUGCUGGUAUAGCUACUCUAAGUCAAGCUUGUCCUAAAGGAUAUUAUUGUUUAGCUGGAUCGACAAACAAAUAUGCGACACCUUGCCCAGCUGGUACUUAUAACGAUGUAGAUGGUAUAACACACGAAUCAGCUUGUAAGAACUGCACACCUGGUAUGUACUGCUCCGGUAGUGGACUAACUCAGCCAUCUGCUUAUUGCUACGGUGGUUACUACUGUGCUAGUGGAUCAAAGACACCAACACCAUCCGGUGAAGGAGGUAAUAAAUGUGUUGCAGGUGAAAUUUGCAUCGAAGGAUCUACUGGACCUCAAAAAUGCCCAGGUGGUUAUUAUUGCGCAACUGAGAGACUCAAUGCUACUACUGGUCAAUGCGAUCCCGGCUACUUCUGUAGUCUUGGAGCAACCUUAUCCAAUCCAACCGAUGCAACUGGAGGCCAGUGUCCAGUUGGACAUUACUGUGAAGCUGGCAGUACCAGCCCCAAAUCUUGUCCACCAGGAACUUUCUCGUCAGAGGUCGGCAACACCAACAUAUCAGCUUGCUAUCAAUGUCCAGCUACGAAAUAUUGUGCAGGAUCAGCUAAUGCCAAUUAUACUGGACUAUGUGGUGCAGGAUACUUCUGUACCGGCGGAGAAACAGAAAUGCAGCCAAUUAGUAAUAUUUGCUGGCAAGGCCAUUAUUGUCCUACUGGCAGUUAUCAACCAUCAAAAUGUCCACCAGGUACUUACCAAGACGAAUUAGGAAAAUCAUCAUGCAAAGAUUGUCCUGCAGGAUAUUUCUGUGACAGUUCUGGUUCAGCUGUUGUUAGUUUUAAUAAUUCCGCUUGUCCAUCAGGAUAUUACUGUCCAUCUAAAACACAAACAGCAAAUCAAUUUCCAUGCCCAGCUGGAACUUAUAAUAAUAUAACGGGAAGAUCAAGUCAAUCAGGUUGUGCUUCAUGUCCUAGUGGUUAUUAUUGUAGCUCAGAACAUCUUAGCGAGCCGACAGGAUUGUGCGAUGCAGGCUAUUAUUGCUCCGGUGCAUCAAACACUUCGAAGCCUACUGGUGGUAGCGAAGGCGAUGUAUGUCCGCCAGGACAUUAUUGCGAACAAGGUAGCACGCAACCUACUGCUUGUCCAGCGGGAACAUUUAACCCUUCAAAUCAAGCGACUAGUGUAAACGAUUGCUUAAACUGUACUGGAGGUUACUAUUGUGAUACUAAAGGAUCAGUAAGUGGUACAGCGAAGCCAUGUCAACAAGGAUAUUAUUGCGAUAGUGGUGCUACAUCAGCAACAUUCAAAAACUGUCCGGCUGGCUCUUAUUGUCCAGCCAAUACUCAAACACCUGUGCCAUGUCCGACAGGAACUUGGUCAGAUGUAACCAAUCUUGCAUCAGCUUCCGCUUGUAAAAACUGUACAGCAGGAUAUUACUGUCCAGCUAGUGGCCAAACUAGUGCAACAUUAGAAUGCUUUGGUGGGUAUUAUUGCCCAGCUGGAAGUAACGUUCCACAACCAGCAGGCUAUAAAUGUCCAACAGGUAUGUACUGUCCAAAUGGUAGCUCCGUACCACAAUCAUGCAAAGCAGGCUAUUACACCGAUUUCCCUGGUGCUUCAGAGUGCCUCAUGUGUCCUGCCGGUUCAUAUUGCUUACCAGUUACAUCACCAGAUAAUAUCACAUUGUCUAAAGUAAAUUGUCCGGAAGGAUAUUACUGCCCUGCAGGAACUGGAUAUAAUAUCCGCUCUUGUCCAUCUGGUACUUAUAGUAAUCAAUUCAACUUAACUGAUCAUACGGGGUGUAUAGCUUGUCCGGGUGGUAGUUACUGUUUAAAUCCCGCACAAACAACAACAACUGGCUUAUGUAGCGCAGGAUAUUAUUGCCAGUCUGGAGUUAAUCGGCCCGAUCCUAGCUACAACAGUUCGAUCAUGAUUGCAACUGUCACCCCAAAUCUAUCGGUCAAUGUAAGCUUUACUUGCCCUCAACAGAGCUUAGGAACUGGAAUUGGAGGUAUUUGUCCUAUUGGACAUUAUUGCCAACAAGGUUCAGUUAAUCCGACGCCUUGCCCUGCUGGAACAUAUAACAAUAAAGUAGGCCAAUCAUCAUGCUUUACAUGUCCCAGUGGUUAUUAUUGUCCUGAUAAUGCUACAGUCCACUAUGUAGACAAACCCUGCCCAACAGGUCAUUGGUGUGGCAACGGUACAAUCAAUCAAUAUGAAAAUCCUUGUCCUCUUGGCACAUAUAACGAUCAAAAUGGAAAAUCAGUAAUAACUGAUUGUUUGCAAUGCCCACCAGGAAAAUAUUGUGGAUCAACUGGUCUUAGUACAUGGUCAGGAAUAUGUGCAGCAGGAUGGUAUUGUGAACUUAGUGCGAUCACAAAUAUGACAACAACUCGUGGAGGCCAAUGUCAAGCUGGAUAUUACUGCCCAGCUGGGUCAUCUGCUCCAAUUGCUUGUCUCUCAGGAAUGUAUUGUCCAACAAAUGGACUUGACAGCCCAUAUGCACAAUGUCAAGCAGGUUUCUAUUGUAUAAAUGCUUCAACUACUGCAGCUCCAACCGAUGGUAUCACGGGUAAUCGUUGUCCAACCGGUCAUUAUUGUCCUAAAGGAAGUUCAUGGCCUAUUAAAUGUCCUGCUAGUAGUUACAAUCCAACCGUUGAAAAUUAUAAUCAGUCUGCAUGUCUAAGAUGUUUACCGGGUAGAGCUUGUACUCAAUCAGGUUUAUCGGCUCCUGACAAAAAUUGUAGCGCUGGAUUCUACUGUCCUGGAAAUCAGAGUACUGCAACACCUUUCGAUUAUGUUUGUCCGAAAGGUAACUACUGUCCAGAAGGUGCUUAUGGUCCAAUUCGAUGUAAAGCAGGAGAAUAUCAAGAUACAACAGGAUCUGCAACCUGCAAAAGCUGCCCUAAAGGAUACUUCUGUAAUAGUUCUAGUGAAAUUACAGUGCUUACUGAUGCUUUGCUCUGUCCGGCAGGUUAUUACUGCCCAGAAGGAACGACACGCGAAAAUGAAUAUCCAUGUCCUAUUGGAACAUUCAGUGACAAAUCUGGAGUGAUAAAUAGUAGUAGUUGCAAUCCUUGUACACCUGGCUAUUAUUGUGCUGAACUAGCACGUACUUUACCCAAUGGACUAUGUGAUGCUGGAUAUUUCUGUAAGCAAAACGCAAAAUCAGCUACGCCUAUCCAAGGAAGUGAUGCUAAUGUCUGUCCUGUAGGAAAAUAUUGUCCAACUGGAUCUGCUGAGCCAAUUAAUUGCCCAUUAGGAACAUUUAACGCUCUUACUGGAUUAACAAGCGACUCAGAAUGUAGCUUAUGUACCAAUGGUUCUUACUGCUCUGUACCUGGGCUAACUGGACCAAACGGCCAGUGCUCACCAGGAUAUUACUGCGAUGCAGGUUCCAAUAGUAGUACUGCUAAUAUUUGUCCAAAAGGAUACUAUUGUCCAUUGGCUACAGUCAAUCCAAUCCCAUGCCCAGUGGGUUAUUUCUCUAAUGUCGAAGGAUUAAAACAUUCGGGCGAAUGCACUGUUUGUACUGCUGGUAUGUACUGCGCUACUUUAGGAGCAACUGAACCAACAGGUUAUUGCGAUCCGGGAUAUUAUUGUCCACCAAAUACACCUAACAGUAAUAGUCAACCAGCCGCUUAUAAAUGCCCAGCAGCUAAUUAUUGUCCAGCUAAUAGCUCUCAACCUAUAAUGUGUAAACCAGGAACAUACACGAACGUAAGCCAAGCUAGUGUUUGUACAAACUGUCCAAGUGGAUACUACUGUCUAAAUGGUGCCAUAGUCGGAGCCUGUCCUGAAGGCUUUUAUUGUCCAGAAGGAACUAGUUCAGAAUUUAAGUCAUGCCCACGCGGAACGUAUAGUGAAGUAAAAGGCCUUACAAGUAUCAAUGAAUGCAAGCAAUGCAGCAAAGGCAUGUACUGUAGUGAAUUGAACGCUACAGCAGUAACUGGUCCAUGUAGUACUGGCUAUUAUUGCGUAAGUGGAGCCGAUCGUCCAAAUCCAGUCAAUUCUACAGGUUCCUGCAAUGGAUCGCAAGUAGGAGUUGGAGAUGCUUGCCCUUUGGGCUAUUACUGUCCAAGCGGAAGUGAUUUCCCCAUUGCAUGUGGCGCAGGUACAUUUGCAAAUGUCUCCGGGUUAGGUAGCUGUUAUACUUGUCCGGCUGGAUACUACUGUGAAGUAGCCUCUAGAACUUACACCAAUUCAAGAUGUCCACCAGGUUAUGCCUGUCCGGCUGGAACUAAAUCUGCAUAUGAAAAUGCGUGUCCACCCGGCAAACUUAAUAAUGUAUCUGGAGCACUAUCAUUAACUGAUUGUCAACCUUGUCCUAGCGGUAAAUACUGUGGAUGGAGUGGUCUAUCAGCUCCAACUGGCGACUGUAGUCGUGGCUGGACUUGUACAGGUGGUAGUGCAACACCAAAACCAAAUACUACCAGUGAAGGAGGCUAUGUCUGUCCGAUGGGCUAUUUCUGCUUAGAAGGUGGCACAACACCACAGGCAUGCACUGCUGGCAAAUAUUGUAAUAGUCAAGGUAUAUUUGAACCCACUGGAAAUUGUACUGCAGGCUAUUAUUGUCCUCAAGGUGCAACUAGCCCUACUCAAAUCCAAUGUCCAGCAGGAUAUUACUGUCUUGAGGGUAGCGCAACACCAAAUGAAUGUCCUGAAGGUACUUAUAGGAAUUCAGCUCGAGGAGUAUCAAUAAAUGAUUGCUUUCCUUGUACUCCUGGCGAUUAUUGUAACGGUACAGCUAGAACAGUUACUGCUGGUAAGUGUGAUCAAGGUUAUUACUGCCCAAGCGGCCAAUCUAUACCAAAUCCAUCUCAGUAUCAAUGUCCGGAGGGAUACUAUUGCUCUAUUGGUACUGCAACACCACAAAAUUGUCCUAGAGGUCAAUAUCAACCACAGAAAGGUCAAUCUGCUUGUGUAACAUGUCCAGCCGGUUAUACUUGCGAUACUAGUUUAGCUCCAAUUGAUAACUUAGCUAACGCCUCAUGUAUCACCGGAUAUUACUGUCCAAUGGGAACAAAAUUUGCAACGGAAUAUCCUUGCCCAAUUGGCACCUUCAAUAACCGUACUGGUAUAACUUCAAUUAAUAAUUGUUCUACUUGCUUAGCUGGAUAUUACUGUGGUAGCAGUGGAUUAUCAGUACCGACGGGCAAAUGCAAUCCAGGAUAUAUCUGUCCAACAGGAAUGCAAUCCCCAUCACCAGCUGGAACUGAAUGUCCACUAGGAAAGUAUUGUGUUGCUGGAUCAACUAUAGGUUCUGAUUGUCCUGACGGUACUUAUACACCUCACAAUGGUAGUAAAUCCAUAACUGAUUGUGAAUCAUGCCCAGCUGGAAAGUAUUGCAAGAGUGCAAUAACUGCUAAUGGUGGAGCUGAAGAUUGUGAUGAAGGUUAUGUUUGUAUUAGCCGUGCUACAAUACCAAAUCCAAGAGAUAAUACAACUGGUUACGUUUGCCCAGUUGGCAAUUACUGUCCGAAAGGAUCUAAAGUAGAACUUCCUUGCAACGCCGGAACUUACGCACCAAUAGCCGGUCAGGCAACUUGCUGGGCAUGUCCUGCAAGUCAAACUUGCUCUAAAAAAGGAAUGUUCAUCCCAGAGGCUUGUCCAGCAGGUUCUUAUUGUCCAAAUGGAACAAGCAAUGCCACCGGUGUAUUCUGCCCUCCAGGAACUUAUUCUAGUGGUGUAAAUCUAACAAGUGAAUCAGAAUGUUUGAGUUGUCCAAUAGGUAAAUAUUGCAAUCUAGCCGGACAAGUUAAUUAUACAGGAGAUUGUGCAGCUGGCUAUUUAUGUGGAGGCGGCGCAGUUUCACCAACCCCAACGAUGACAUCAGGAACUAACCGAUUAUGCCCAAUUGGUAAAUAUUGCUUACAAGGAAGUAUCGCGCCAAUUGAUUGCCCACCAGGAUCCAUUCGCCCUGUAGUAGGUGCAUCAAGUACGGCCGAUUGUUGGCCUUGUCCUGCUGGUCGUUACUGUGCCAGUGCAGGUGCCAUAGCUGCAACUGGAACUUGCUCAGAAGGCUACUACUGCCCUGCAGAAGCUGUCAUUCAAGUACCAACACCUAGUGCUUAUAUUUGUCCACGCGGAUUCUACUGCGGUAAUGGUACUAUUACGCCAGCUGGGUGCGCACCAGGUACAUAUCAGCCUCUGCAAGGUAAAACAAGUUGCGAUCCAUGCCCUAUCGGAAAUUAUUGUCCCUCAAAUUCAUCAUCGCCUAUCUCUUGUGCAGCCCAUUCAUAUUGUCCGGUAGGCUCAGGUCAGCCGACAUUCUGUCCAAAUGGAACUUAUACAACGUCAGAUGUUCGAGGAUUAACAAACCCCUCUCAAUGUAUACCAUGUAUUAAUGGAUCUUUCUGUCAAUUUGGAAAGAUAAUUGGCUUCUGUAAUCCAGGUUAUUGGUGUAAGACUGGCUCGCCAACACCUACACCCGAUAGUAGCUAUCCAGUUACCAUUGGACAGAAAUGCCCAGUUGGUAGUUAUUGUCCAGCAGGAACUACACUUCCAAUCAAGUGUAACGACGGUUUAGUAAUCGAUAAAGAAGGAGCAGUCAGUGCGGAAGAUUGUACAACAUGUCCAGCUGGUUAUGAGUGUGACGAUAAAGGAAACUUAUUCUUAUGCACACCUGGUUAUUAUUGCCCAUAUAAUAUAACAAAACAGCCGUGCCCAAUUAGGACAUUUUCACCUGAUGCUGGAGCUAAAAGCAUGACGACUUGCAGAUCUUGUGAUCCUGGAUAUCUUUGUACGGAUCUGGCCAUGACCAACAGUACAAUUUAUCCAUGUCCUCUCGGUCAUUUUUGCAUCGAAGGUUCCAAUAAACCUGAACCAUGUCCACCUGGCAGUUACCAAGACACUGGCUAUGGUAAAAGUAAAGCUGAUUGUCAACUAUGUGAUUCUGGCUACUAUUGCCCAUAUGUAAAUGGAACAGUAUCAGGCAUACGAUGUUUGAAUGGUACUCUUUGUCCUCGUGGUAGCUCUGGCCCAAUUGUUUGUCCAGCAGGUUUCUAUUGCCCGUUGGCUGAAGGUCAAAUCCCAUGUCCACCCGGAUUUUAUUGUCCUACUGGUUCACCAGAUCCCAUUCCAUGUCCACCUGGCUAUUGGUGUGGUAAUGGAACAAUAGAAUAUGACAAUAAAACUGUAAAUGUUGGAUCUAUCGUACCAAUAUUAUGUCCAUUAGGUUAUAAGGAUUCAGGUUUAACACCAAGAGAUGCAUUUAAUAGAACUUGCUCUAUUUGUCCAGCUGGAAGUUAUGGUAAUCCAAAUCGUCUAACAUGUGAAGAUUGUCCAGCAGGUGUCGUUUGUUUAAAAGGCGCAACUUCAGGUAACCCUGGCGCUUUAGUAACACGCACAGUUACUACCACUAAUUCAUAUAUAUGUCCAAGAGGUCAUUAUUGCCCAAUAAGAAGUUCAACACCUCUAGUAUGCAAAGCAGGUUCUUAUAAUAACCAGACUGCAAUGAAAAAUGAAGCAGAUUGUAUCCCAUGUGCAGUUGAUCACUUCCAGAGCAAUCCUGGACAAACUGCCUGCUUCCCAUGUGGCACAGUUGCUAGGCAACCAACUACGGGUAUGCCAACGUGUACUUGUAGCGGAGCAAAUAAGGAAUUUCAAGCUAGCGAUAGGAGUUGUAUAUGUCAAGAAGGCUACACCGAAUUACAAGGCUCCUGUGUUCGAAACGUAUAUGAUUUCUGUGAGCCAGCAGUACAGUAUCGGUCCGAAGAUGGUGUUUGUCGCAAUAUGGAUGAAUGGAUUGCAUUCUGCACACAAAAAUGUGGUGUUACCGAAUAUAAAGGCGUUGUCCAAUCGAUGGGAACUUGUCAAUGUCAGGUAGAAGAUCUGGAGCAACUAUGUGAUACAACAUGCCGAACAUCGAGUAAAGCUAGUCUUCAAUACGCUUGUACCAAUCCUCCAACUUUACAAGUAGGUAGUGGUACAUCCGGAUCUCAAGAGACAGUUAAUACCAACUCUUUACCUAACGUUAUCAACAGCAAUGAAUGGAAUAAUAAUUGUCAAGCCAAGGAUGGAACAGAAGUAAAACCAGUUUAUACUGUUCAGAUGCAAUUAAGUGGAUUUACUGGAGUCUAUCAGCCAAAUACUGCCGCAAUUUCAAACUUACUCAAUGCAUCUGUCGCUCAAUCUUCUACUGCUAGGAGAUUGUUAGCUGUCAGCGCUAAUGUGAUUGCAGGUAGCUCUAGAACGAUUAGAAAUCCUAUAGUUUGUUUACAACUUGGCGAAUCACUAUUAUUUAUUGUCUCCAAUGAGUCGUAUCCAGAAUAUGAUCGCACCAAUUUAUUGAAUAGUAACGCUGCAUUCGAUUAUGGUGGAUUCCGCGAUUUAAGAGACAAAAAAUUACUGACAACAACCAAUUCAUCACUCUUUGCUUAUCAAUUUAAUACUCCAGGAAGAUAUGUUUUCAAAGCAAGCAACAACGCUGAGCGUAAAAUGUAUGUUAGUGUUAUGGACCAAGGUGCUGAAUGUAGCGAUGUUGGACCAUUCUUCCCUAAUACAGAGAGAAUAUUAGUGCAGAACGGAUUCUCAAUAUCAUCGGGACUUUUACUACGUCCUGAUUGGAUUAUGAUUUUCACAAUGUUAGGUGUUACACUUGGAUUAAUGUUUUUGUUGGCUGUUUUAUUACUGGUCUUCAGAAAGCACGGUUGGGCAAAACAAAUGUUUGACCAUCCACGAUAUCGAGCUAUUACUCUGAAGUAUAACUUUGAUGAUUACUCAUCUAAAGGAUCAACUGUUCAUCCUGUUAAAAAGUAUCACCGUAAUCUAGAAGCUUCAGAAUUGGAAGGUGCUAUCCCUGAAGAAGAAAUACCACCAGCUCCAGUAGUUAUGGAGGAAGACGAUAUUGUUGCAGAAGUUAAAGGAGACGAAUUCUGGGAUUACGAUAAACAAGUUGAUCUGGAAGGAUUCAGCACUAAUACAUUGUACGAGUAUUUAUCUCGUCAAUCACGUGAAUUGACAGCUGCAAUUGGAAAACAAAAAGAUGAAGCUAAAUCGUUAUACCAAAAAGUUCGAGCUCAAGCUGAAUCAUUGAAAGGUUUAUGGGUAGCUAAAUUGAAUCUAAAAGGUAAAUCUGCUUUAGCAACUGAAGAUGAUAUGCGCAAGUAUGACGCGAAAAAGAAUGAACUUGAGGAUGAACUAGAACGUCGUCGAGAGCUAGGUAUACGAUUUAAAGGUGUUUUGGAACGACAGAAUGAAUUAUUUGAAGACGAUUUAAGAGAACGCGAGCAGCAUGAAAUCUCAUUUGAAGCAUCUUUCAGAGAAAUUAAUCGUUUACUCAAUGAUCUAAUCGAUAACAGAACUAGUGGAUCAGAUGAUAAUCAAUACGAUGAACAGCUGCAACACAAAGUAGGAAGUCGCGUUGAGGAAAUCUAUGCACGAUUGAAAAAUGUUCAUGAGAAAGAAUGUGAACGCCGAGGUGUAUGGUCAUUAAUAGAUCAAGGAACUGGAGCACUUCUUGUUUCACCAGAAACUAACGAAACACUUCCGCGUGAUUACUUAUUUGGUGUAGAUGGAACUGUACGUGCACCAGAUUUAAUCAUGCAGGAUCCGACUACUGGCUUAAUUAUGGCAAACGAGGGAACACAAAUGCAAUUAUUUGAUGGUGGAAUUGUACCAGUACCAAAGAACUUCUUCAUACAUCCACAAACUGGUCGUGCUCUACCAAUUGAAGGAAAUGUUGCUUACGAUCCGAUAUCAUCUCGUCUAAUCUAUACAGCAGAUAAUUCCUCGGAAGUGAUAUGGUGUAUCGGCUCUAUGCCUGAUCCAAAUACUGGACUGCCAGUACCAAUUGUUGGUAUUACUAUUCAUCCGACAACAGAAACAGUCUAUCCAGUUGCUGGAUCGCAAAUUGAUCCAGUUACAAGAUUACCUAUUCCAAUCGAGAUUGGUUCUAUGAUGAUUGAUAAUUCAUCGAAGAAACCGGUAGCAAUAUUAGGUCUUCGAAUUGAUGAUAUAACUGGAGAAGUGAAACCAUUAGGAGGAACUAUACCCGGAGCAAGUGAAGAUAUUCCAUUAGUACCAGGCGACAAAUACAUCGAACCAUUAUCAGGUCUAACGGUCAAAGUAACCGGUGCUAAAUUAUCACAGCAGACAGGAAGUGUAUUGCCAAGUGGCGGUGGCUAUCAAUCAUUACUAGAUUCAAGUGAGUUAGCAUGCGAACGAAAGUUGUUAGAUUGUUUGCAAAGCCUUAAAGAAGUCCUUUUAGUCAAACCCUCCGAUACAGAUAGUGAUAUACCAAAUGGACACCACGAAAGGAGUAUGCUAGAGACAGCCGUAAAAGAACUUCAUCGUAUCACUGAAAAGAAUAAUGGCCAUUUACUACGCGCUGGUCAUGAUUUAACAAGACGAUUAGAAAGAUCAACUGCCUUAGCUCAGAAUGGAGGUAGCCCUGGACAUUAUGAACACACAACCACCGGACAAUUAUUGCCCUUGCUUGUCGCUACAGAAUUUCUGUUAUGCUCGCAAUUAAUUGAUUCAAAAGCGAAUAUCGGAAUUAGUAAAGUCGAGGAUACGCUAGAAGAUAUACAAACAGCAGUAGAAUCAUUAACUGAUGCUGCAAAACGAGAGGUACAAAGACGCGGAGAUGCGGCUCAGGAUUGGACUUAUCUGCCACCAGAAGUUGUUGCUAUCUUAACGCAAGAAGAUAGUAUUGAACGUGAUAGAGAAGAAUAUCAUCACAAUUCACAUGACAAAUUUGCUGAUACCGUGAACCGAUUCUUUAAGAAAAUGCAAGAAGAAGAGAGCAAAUAUAAAGAAAGAAUGGCAGAAUUAAAAGGUGCUAUGAAUCCGGACGCCGAAGCGACUGUCACUCAACGCUUUAAACAAGUACAGUAUAGAUUACAGAUUGAACUACAAGAGCAGCUAUUAAUGAGAUCACACCAAUUGGAUGAAAAUAUAGCUGCAUUGGAAUAUACUCGUGCAAAGGCUGAUUUAUGCGCCGCCGAAGCGAAAACUUUACUGUCAGGAGCAUGCAUUUUAGCUGGUGAUUAUGACGCAAGCAUCUCGGGUGCAUAUGGCGACAACGUUAGCUCACCAUCGUCUAACAGAGAAAUAAUACCGUUACUUGAACAUCUCAUUAAAUUAAUUGAAGAGAAUGGAAUUAAGCAGUAUGUAACAACUAAUAAUAUUGUCUCUGAUGGUAUGCAACAAAUACCGCAGUCACAAGGUGGAACACUAACUAUACAAAAUAUGCAUGCUGCAUCACCAAUAACAGGAUUCUCUCCAGCUGGCCAGAACGUCACAUUAAAUACUACCCUAUUACCGAUAAUAGGACAACCAACAGGCCAACAGCAAGUAGGCACUAUAUCAACUGUUCCUGCUUAUAAUCAACAGACAAAUGUCGCGGCAGUUUCUCACAGCGGUGCUGCAAUUGGUGCUACAGUAGUUAAAGGCAAUGGAGUUGUAGGCUUAAGUAGUAUCUCAGCAGUCAGUCAAGCUGCACCUAGUAAUUUAAAUAAGAAAGAAACGAAGCAAAAACUACACGAGAAACAUCUUCAAGAAAGCGCUGAGCUUGAAGAAAAUUUACGUGCUAAUGAAAUAUUCGUUAUUAAUCAAGUUCUUAGCGAAUGUAACAAGAAGAAAGAGGAAGCUAUCGCUAAAAUUAAGGAAGAAUUGCGUGAUGCACUUAAGAGUGCUUCAACAGAUGAAGAGCGUCAACAGAUCAUUGAGGAACAUGCUAAAAAGAUUGAAAAGAUCAAUAAUGCACAUGAAAAAGAAAAGCAAGAACGACUCAAGAAAAUACGUAAAGAACUUAGCGAUAUAAGAAUACGCCGUAAGAAGGAACUACAACAGCGUCAUCGCAACGAAGCUAUAAUAGCAGGCGUCGAUGGCAUUGAAACCGAAAUACCAAGUGAGUCAGAAGCUGAUCAUGAUUUACUCUCGUUAGCUAAACAACAAGAAGAAUUACUUGCCGAAUUAAGACGAGCAUAUGCUGAAGAAUUAGCUGCAGACAUGGAAGCAAAUAGUGCAGAGAAUAGGAGAAAAUUAGAUGAAGAAAUGGAAGCACGUAUGAGAGCAUUAAAUGGUUCACGCAGUGGUGAUAUUGAUGGAGCAUUAAAGAAUGCUACCGAUUAUACAAUAGCUGCCAAUAAUCGUAACAAGAAUAUGCGAGAUCGCAUGCAAAAUCGCAAAGAUAGAAGGAAAAAUCGACAAAAGGGAACUAUUGACAUAGAUGAUGAAAAAUUAUUAGAGGGUAAUAAUGAAGAAGUAGAAAAAAUAAAACAAAUUUCCAACUUGCAAGAAGACGCUGAUCGUCUUUAUGAAGAAGCGGCAUUAAUGCAAGUUGUAGCUGAAGUUGAAUACGAAGGUCAAACUGAAAAUUACGAAAAAGUAGCUCAGCAAGUACUACAAGAUCCAAGCUUCAAUGAUGUUGUAGAUGAUGACAAAGCUUUGAUUGUCGAAGAUAUUAUGUCAGAAUUAGCAACAAAGAAACAGCAACAAGUUGACGAAGCAAAUGGACACAUGGAAUUGAUUGAGGCCAAGAAUGAAUCGAUCAAGAAACAGAAAGAAUGUGAAUUGACCGCCGAAGCAGUUAAGAAGCAGACUGAGCUAUCAACUCGAGCAAUGAUUGAGCUUAAUAAUGUUGAAACUGCAACAGCUGUCAAGAAAAUUACUGCUGUUAAACCUGAUAAGAAAGUUAUAGAAAUUGAGGCAGAAUUGAAAGAAAAGCAUUUAGAAGAUCAAAUUAAAUUGCGAUUGGAACACCGAGAAGAAAUGGCUGAAAUUGAACGUCAAGCGCAAGAGGAACAAAAUAAGGCAUUAGAAGAAAUUGUAGAAGGAAUGGCAGCUAAAUUAGAAGAAGAAGAUGUCGAAUUCCAGAAGAAAGCAGCCGAAGCUAAGGAGAAAUUAAGCGCAGAAGAAUUCCAAAAAAUGCUUGAUGACCAUGAGAAAGAAUUGGAAAGUAUGCAACAAAAUCAAGAGAUAGAAAUUGCUAAACAUCGUGAUCAAUUGAAUAGCAAAUUGGAAGAACGCCGUCGACGUAAACAACAACAACUUGCAAGGAAACAGGAAAUUGAAAUGCAAAAGAAACUACUACAACAGCAAGCUGAAGCUGACCGAUUAAAUGCCGAACGAGAAGCGAAAAAGGAGGAUGCAGCAUUGGCUGAGACAAUUAAAGAACUUAAAAAUAGCGAUAACGAGAAUGAAAGUAAGCGUGCUGAAAACUUAAUCUAUCAUGUUAUGCAACAGCGUCAUGCUAAAGAAACAUUACAACAUGAAGAACAACUCAAGAAAGAACUAGCGACUGCUUUAGCAGAAGCUCAGAAUAACGUUGCGACUAAAUGUCAAGAUAAUCGUGACAAAUUAGUUGAACAACAUGAACAUCAAUUAGCAGAAUUAUUGGCUCACUCAGAUGGAAUAAGUCCACUAGAGUUGAAAUCACGUCAACGUGCUCUAGAAGGGAAGCAACAGACUCAGUUAGCUGAGUUCGAUAAGGAUGCUGCGACUAAAAUGCAAGAGGCAGCCAAAGAUGUAAUGUUUAACUUGCAAAUUCAACAUGCUAAUGCUAGAUUGGCCUUGAAAACGAAGCAACUAGCUGAAUUAUCGAGUUCGAUGCAAGAAUUAGCUGGCCAGCGAGAAUUAAUUGCCGAGUAUACUGAUAGGACCAAUGAAGCUACUCGUACUGCGCAACAGGAUCGAGAAAAAAUUAUGAAAGAAAUGGAAGCAAAAUUAGAGAAGAUUAAGGCUGAAAAAAGGAAAGCACAAGAGAAACAGCGAGCUGAAUUGGCUCAACAAUUGGAAGCACUACAAGAUGAAUUGCAACUUGAACAAAGCAAAGAUGAACAAUAUCUAGAAGAGCAGAUAGCGGAGAGAGAGAAGGUUCAUGAAGAGCAACGUAAAAAGAAAGAUGAACUAAUGAAAUCGAAGAUAGAAAAGGAGGACUUGAAUGAAGAUGAAAAACAGAAACUCAUCGAACAGCAUCAGAGAGAUCUUGCAGAAUUGGAAAUUGCACAGCAACGCGAAAGAGAAAAGAGCCGAGGUGCCUUGAAAAGAAAAUUGGAAGAGCGUCGUAAGAAAAAGUAUCAAGCAGCCGUUAAUCAAUUGGAAAAAAUCACCGAAGAUGAUGAGGAAGCAACUGAAGAAGAGGAACGAGCACAAAUUCGAGCAAUACAACAAGACAAUAUUCAGAAACUAGAAACCACUGCUAGCAAACUUGAAACUCCCAAUGCUCCAAUUCAUGAACCACAAACUGUUGACUUAGCUGAAGUUGUCCAGCCGGAUGGCAUCGUUACUGCCGAUAGUCAUGUACCAACAGCAGCAGCUGCUGGAUUAAUUAGACCUAACGAUGUUUACAACUAUACUGAAAGGGACUGGAUGGCUUUACUGACGGCAUCCCCAGUCUUCCAACAGAUCUGCCAAAUUGAGAAUAUGCUAAGCAAUGGUGGUACUUUCGGACCAGAUAACAAAAUAUUGGGUGCAGGCUCAAGUGGUAGUUAUAUCGAUUCUAAAGAUGCUCAAUGGAUUUGUAAAGGAGAUUUAAUCCCGGUUGAUAUCAAUCACUUAAGUCCAAGCCACUUUGUUAUUUAUCGAUUUGGCUUGUUCGUAGUUAAAAUGUUGAGACAAUGCGCUAAAUUCCCUGAAGUUACUAUGUUGGUUGCGUCCAACUUACCUUCGCACAAAUAUGAUCGUAACGCCUUCCGUAAUUCUUACCAUUACGAUAGGAAGCGCAACAUCUUAUUUAUAAGGAAUGAGAGAUUGGAAUCAGUCGGCGAUUUUAUCGUUGUUAUCAUGCAUGCUUUAGCUCAUGUCAAAGUUGGAGAUUUAGCUAAUGACGGCAAUCCAGAUUUCUUACGAGAAUUUUAUAAGGUUAGAAAAGUAGAAAGAUCAUUGAUGGCAUUACUGUCAAUAGAAUGA